UUAUAAACUUAAUCUCUAUUCCUAUCUCACUUAUAAUCGUGUAUUCCGACAUUGCCAGGAACCAUGUAAGACUAUCAGGAACCGACUCUAUAGUAGUGUAAAUUCCAUAGGUCUGGAGUACAUAUAAAAACGUUAGAACAAAGAAAGCACGCAUUCUGAAUUAUGGGAUAAGAAAAUGAUAUCUAUAAGAAAAUGUAGAACCGCAGGAAUACCAGGUAGGCCCUAAUCGCAGCUUCACAAAGUGUAACCAGAUUCGUUUCUUUGUUCAUAAAUUGGCGAGUCAUUCAGAUAUAAAUAACUGAUAGUCAUUUCACAAAUAAAUGGGACCUAGUAUCAGAUGUUCUAGCUAUAGUAAACGUUCGAAGAUUGGGUGUGAGUUAUAGAUAGCAAAUUGGACAGGGAUUACGGAAGUUUUUCUUUCUUUUACAUUGUUAAUAUUAAUGAUACUCUUAUUAGACUAGCAGGAAUGUUAUUGAUAAAUACCGGGAACUGUUGAAGGGUUAGCUCGUGCUAGUGUUUCUAUAUUCGUGUAAAUAAAAGAAAAGAAACCGCGUGUGGAGUUGAGACUGUCUUACAAAACAUUAAAAACAUAUGCAAUAGUUACAGCCGGCGAAUGUCGUCAAGAUAUAUAAAGAACUAGCUUAUAUACAGAACUGUUAUAUUCUAAUAUUAUCAAGACUGCCAUGGGAUAUAAAAGCGUGCAUUAAAACAAAUAAUUUCAAACACGGCAACAAGGCUACUAGUUUCAGUCAGAGAAUGCAUUCAGGCUUCGUGAUAUACUGGAUAAUAUUAUCAAGGAAUAGAAACGUGUGUAUUAAAACAAAUAAUUUCAAACACGUUUUUUAAAAACAGAAGAUGAAUGCGUUCAGGAUACAGAGAGGUUCUUAUAGAAGUAUUUUCCAAUAUUAUGUAGACCAUCAUGGAAUAGAAAAGCGUGUCUUAAAACAAAUAAUUUCAAACACGGCUACUAAUAUCAGCAGGUGAAUGCAUUCAAGGAAUAGAAAAGUGUGGAGUCCAGUUUGUCUUUAAAAAUCAUUUCAAACACGACUACUAAUACCAGCCAGUGAAUGCCUUUAUGGUAAAAGAAACUUCACAAAGUUUUACCUUUGAUCUGGUAUAAUAUGAUACAAUCACGACGAACUGUCACUUUGAUAAAUAAAUCUUAGAAAUGGUAUCGGGUGGUGUUUAACAUUUUCCUAUAUAGUGGCGUAUAUCCGGAUCAUCAAAAUCUCCCAUUGGACACAAGACGUUCAACAUGCACACCAUACAAUAAUGAUGAUACACAACGUAGAAGUCCGGGUGCUAGCAGACACGUGAUGAUACAUCACAGAUCAUGUCGUUCUUGACCCGUAAUGGAGGGUCACAAACGACCCCGGGUGUUCUUCAAGUUCCUCGCCGUAUUUUUGUUCGUAACGAUAAUUCUUAUUCUGUACUACAACAACAUCGAACGUACGCAUAGCUCCACCUCAACACUUUUCCAACACCGACCCCGUCCAGGGAGGUUAAAAUCCCUACCAAUGUAUGUCCGGUCAACCAAGAUCCCGACAAAGUUUACUGGAAAACUCGUUAAAGAACGAAGUGGUUCGGAUGGGAAUACUAGAAAGCAUUCAAUGGUGAAAAGAAAAUCAUUUAACUAUACAUUUAACUACGUCGAGGCAGUAAAUUGUAAAAAAAUGUUAAAUGGCAACAAACCGGAAUUGGACAGAGCUACAUCGUUUUUAUCAAACAACUACAGGAAUUCUAUUUCGAACACGUGGUAUUUCGUUAAAACCAAAAACUGUGACAGUUUCAUCUCUGAACGUGGCUACGUUACUGAUUCUCUGACGUCAGAGGAGAGAGAUUUCCCCAUAGCUUACAGUAUCUUGAUGUUUAAAGAUGUCGAACAAUUUGAGCGAUUAUUGCGGGCCAUUUACCGACCACAAAACUAUUAUUGUAUUCACGUAGACGCUAAGGUCACAGAAGACAUCUAUAACGCUGUGCGGGGGAUUGUGGGGUGCCUUGACAACGUGUUUAUGACCCGGAAGUACGUGGACGUUCAGUGGGGCACGUUCUCCGUGUUGGAGCCAGAAUUAAUUUGUAUGAAAAUGUUGUUUAAAUAUAAAAAUUGGAAAUACUUUAUCAAUUUGACAGGACAGGAGUUUCCAUUAAAGACUAAUUAUGAAAUUGUUAAAAUAUUAGAAACAUAUAAUGGCGCUAAUGAUAUGGAAGGAACCGUUAGAAGGGCUAAUAUAGCCAGAUGGUCUAAAGCAGGAGUCUCACCACCCCAUAAUAUACGACCAGUUAAAGGUUCCGUUCACAUCGUGGUUAAUCGAGACUUUGUAGAUUAUGUCCUGAACAACAAAACUGCCACAGACUUCCUGGAGUGGGUAAAAAACGUUGACGUACCAGAUGAAACUUAUUUUAGUAGUCUAAACCACAAUCCACAACUUGGUAUACCCGGUAGUUACAAAGGUAUUCCAGAAACCACCAAAGAUAAGAAACCAUUCCUGGCUCGGUUUAAAAACUGGGGUCGUGAGCCGUUUGAUUGGCCGUGUAGAGGAAAGCGAGUUCGCCUUAUUUGUAUAUUCGGUAUGGGUGAUCUCCCUUUAUUGGCACGCCGUAAAGAAAUGUUUGCUAAUAAAUUCUAUUUAAACUUUGAACCAUUCGCCUUGGAUUGUUUAGAGGAGUUGCACCAUAAUAAAACACGUGACGAGUAUCUGGGAUUAUUGAAAUUUAACACUAGUUAUUAUCAGGGCUUGGAUUUUAUUAAAAAUAAAAUAUGAUAGACAGACAAAACGUGAACGACAUAUGAAUGAACGAUGGAUGUAUGAAGAAUGGUCUUAAAAAUGAAGUGUGAUAGACAGACAAAACGUGAAAAAACAGACAAAUAAAGAAUGAAUGAAUGGUAUUAUGAGCGGUGAUCUUAGACGGAAUUCCCUCUGACAUAAAUCAAUCAUCCAAUCAGUGGCAGCACAUGGAGUUUCCAUUGGACAGAAAUUCCCGGCGAAUUUGAGGUAUUUACUGGAUAAGGAACACGACCGAAAGAGAUGAUUCAAAACAAAGCGAUUGUGUGGGUUGAUCCACAAUGACAACCCGCACAUUAAUAUGAACUUUUAUCACAUUUCCAUUACAGUAUUUGGAAGGGUCUUUAGCAGUAGGAAGAAACAGGAGGACCCGGAGAAAAACCUAAGAGGUUAGACAGUCGACCGAUUUUUUGUCACGUACAAGUGUGGAAUCGAAACCACUUGACCCAAUGACAGACCCUGUGAUCUAGCGCGCAGGCUUUUAACUAUUCGGUCACCCAAUCUCCUUGGAGUUAUCGCCCUUUGAUUGACUGAAGACAGAUAAAGUAUACCAGCCCUUGCUUUUGAUGUGAAAACUUAUUACUCAUUCAGUCAGUAUGGCAUAUAAUUUUUUUAAAAGUGUGUUAAUAGUUAUAGUGACAGAAGGCCCGACAAGCAACGCAUAGUCUUUCCGUGGGACGAAAAACCGAGAUUCCGUGUACACAUAUGAUUGGCGUGGGGGCUAAUUUACCUCAUAGCACACUUUAUGGCGUAUGCUCGUCUUCAUUAGCCCAGUCGGAGCAGAACAGUAGGAAGCCAAACCCCAUUUCAUUUUAUUUCUAUUUACAGUCCAACAUCAAUUCAUGUUUAUUAUUCAAUUGUCGAAUUUUGGUGCAUGUGUCGAUUUGUAGAAACUAUAAAAAUCUAUGAAAUCAAAUAUUUUCCUGUAUCGGUUGGUGAACUUUUUAAUAUUAAUUUAUAUCAUCGAAUGAAUAAUGUAAGAUAUUUCUUAUGUCUAACCUUGAAAAAUAGCCCCUUCAGUGUUGAAGCAGAAUAAAGGCCAAUAACUCUAUUUUACCCCACACUCAAAGGACAAUAUUGGUGUGAUAGAACUGGUUAAACACUUUCCAGAUAUGAUUUUAACACAGACGUCAUUGCUACUAUAGAUGCUUAAGGAAGAUUGUAAGAAACGGAAGUGACGAAAGCAAAAGGAAAACACGAGUUAUUCUUCUUCUUUUUAACUGACUGAAGUAACGAGUGAUACCAGUUACACGGAUGAAUGUCUGCUCACUAAUAAUUCCUUGUUAUAUGAGACUGUGGGAGGAUAUCUGGCAAUUCAAAAAAAAAAAAAAAAAAUAAUAAUAAUAAUAAAUAAAUAAAUAAAAUAUUGACUGCAAUAUUAAACCACAGGCCCAUAACAUUUUCUUUUAACAUUCCAAACUUUCUAACCACAAACAGCCCAAAAUGUCACAAUCAUCCGAAUAAAAAUAUUGAAUGGGAGUUGACUGUUUAGAGUCUUUGCUAGGUCUGAUGAAAGGAAUAUUAAGGCAGUGACGUCAUUUUAGUAAAUAGGGACACUACAUGCAUGAGAUCAGGGUAGACUAUAUACUAGUUUUAGUUCCUAUAAUAAAUGUCGCCUUUCACCAUUGUCUUUUUGUUUUCAAAUGCAUGUGGGGUUAGGUUUAACGCGUGCACGUUGGGUCAUAAGGUCUGUCAUUUAGUCAAGUGGCGUGGUUUCGACCCCGCGCGUGUACAUGGCAAGAAGUCAAGUCGUCUGUUCAACCUGUUGGCUUUUCUCUGGGUCCUCCGGUUUCCUCCCACUGCCAAAGAACUCUACACGCAAGCGAAUUAUUAGGAUAAAAUUCAACCAUAUGUUAGUCUCACAGUUAGAUGUUGAAAAAUUAAUAUAUUGAAAAUGUAAUUCAAAUUACUUUAUUUUGAAAGUUAUGAUAUAUAUUCUUAAAAUACAUAAGAAUUAAAUAAAAUAUACGAGAUAACUAUUAAUAUUAAUAUAAGAUAACGUAGAUAGACGGGCUUUAUAGACAUUUUAUGUAUAUUAUUAAUAUAUAUUUAUAAUAAUUCCUGUGUUUGUGUAAAGAUUCUUAUACGAGAUAAAUAUUAAUAUAAGAUAACGUAGAUACGGUCUUUAAAGAUAUUUUAUGUAUGUUAAUAUCUAUUUAUAAUAAUGAAUAACAGUGUCUGUGUAUAGAUGCUUAUACAAGAUAACGUAGAUAGACGGGCUUUAUAGAAUCUGUAUAUUAAUAUUCAUUUAUAAUAAUGAAUUACAGUGUUUGUGUAUAGAUGCUAAUACAAGAUAACGUAGAUAGACGGGCUUUAUAGAUAUUUUAUGUAUAUUAAUAUAUAUUUAUAAAUAAUGAAUUCCUGUGUUUGUGUAUAGAUGCUUAUACGAGUUAAAUAUUAAUAUAAGAUAUAGACGGGCUUUAUAGAUAUUGUAUGUCUAUUUAUAAUAAUGAAUUCCAUUGUUUGUGUAUAGAUGCUUAUGCGAGAUAAAUAUUAAUAUUAUAGAUAUUUUAUGUACAUGUAUAUUAAUAUAUAUUUAUAAUAAUGAAUUCCAGUGUUUGUUUAUAGAUGCUUAUACGAGAUAAAUAUUAAUAUUAGAAAAUGUAGACAGAAGGUUUUAUUGAUAUUUUAUGUAUAUUAAUAUCUAUUGAUAAUAAUGAAUUACAGUGUUUGUGUAUAUGAGGUAACGUAGAUAGACGGGCUUUAUAGAUAUUUUAUGUAUAAUAAUGAAUUCCAGUGUUUGUGUAUAGGCUUGAUAUAUUAUUACUAUUUUUUUCAUUAGUAAAAUAAAUGGGACUAUAUAUUGUUUCAA